AACCAAAUAUUUACAUCGAUCAUCGCAAUGAACGGUAUUACACUAUAUGUAACGGGACAACGUGUUGCGUCCGACAAUGUGCGCUGGCGCUGCGAGUCCUGCCGGCGUAAACCUGCGGGGGCUUAUCGAUCCUUUGCUGAGCGUGGCACCUCUCGCCGGUUGACAAUGUCAACAUCUCUCGGAUCUCGGUAAUGCACGUUGCGUAAAUUGGAGGUUACGGGCGUCCGGUGGUGAUCUUUCCCAGCGAGUUCCGCGAUUUUGCCGCGCCGAAGGAUGGCAGAAUGGCGGAACGCAAAGAGGACUCUCUGGACUGCGAUCGCAGGUGUCGCCGGCAGUUGAUCGUGCGACGCAAUCGCCGCUAUCGCAAUCGAGCAGAGGUCCUGCAGGAAUGCACGGCCAGCCACGCGCGGCCUUCCAAGAAGAAAGAACGUCUUGUUGGACCGCGGCAUGAGUCCCGCAACCAUAAGAAGCUCCUCAUCGCCGGCGGCGCGACUCUCUGCGUGGCCGUGUUGCUGGUGGUGCUGUACGCAGCGGGCGUCUUCGAUGCCGCUGGAUCUGGCAGCGGGAACAACGACGGCACCACGGGCAAGCUAUCGCCACCGAAUGUCCUGAAGCCGCUGCCGCCUUCCUUGUCGUCGCUGCACAUCUUCAGGAAGGCGGCAGUUUGCGCCGAUGGACCUCCAUGUGCAGAAAUUGGCAAACAGAUAUUGUUACGAAACGGUUCGGCGGUGGACGCGACAAUCGCCGCGCUCUUUUGCAAUGGUCUUGUCAAUAUGCAGAGCAUGGGAAUUGGUGGCGGGUUCCUGAUGACCGUCUAUAAAAAAUCCGAGGGGAAAGCCUAUAGUCUGAACGCCAGGGAAACUGCGCCCAAGCUGGCCACUUCGGAUAUGUUUAUGAAUCGAAGUCAGCGUGCAUCGAAAAAAGGUGGCUUGUCUAUUGGGAUACCUGGAGAAUUACGAGGUUAUUGGGCGGCCCAUCAAAAAUUCGGUCGCUUGCCAUGGAAGGAGCUGAUUCUACCAUCCAUCGCCCUUUGUGAUGAAGGAUAUAAAAUUAGCGUUGCACAGAAAAACGCUAUGAAUAUGUCUACAAAUCUAGCAAAAGGAUUAUACAAAGAGUGGUUUUUCCAUGAAAAUGGUAGGAUGAAGAAAGCUGGUGAUCUCGUCCGCCCUCGUGAAUUGUGUAAAACACUGCGCAUUAUUGCUGAAUUGGGCGCUGAUGACUUCUACACUGGAAGUAUAGCAAGUCAAAUCUUAGAAGAUCUCAAACGCGCUGGAUCGAUCAUCACCGCCGAAGACUUGGCGAAUUAUAAAGUCCAAUGGCAGGAACCAAUAACGAUAGAUUUAAGUAAAGGCGAACGCUUAUUCUCGGCGCCCCUGCCCGGUUCCGGGGUGCUGUUAGCUUACAUUUUGAAGAUCCUAGAUGGGUAUGGUUUCACGAGACAGAAUAUUGAUGGCAUUAAUAAUACGGUGCUCACCUACCAUCGGAUGAUCGAAGCCUUCAAACAUGCCUAUGCGAGGAGAACUGAACUAGGCGACACUGAUUUUGUGGAUAUUCAAACGUUGAUAUCAAAUUUACUCUCGCCUGAAUACGCGGAGCAUACUCGGAUGCUCAUUGAUGAUACCAAAACCAACCAAAACCCAAUGCAUUACGGAGCUAUUUAUUAUGACCACACAGGUCAAAAUGGCACCGCUCACAUAUCAGUAUUAUCCGAGGAAGGAGAUGCGGUAUCAGUCACAAGCACCGUCAACUUAUAUUUUGGAUCUGAAGUAAUCUCGGAACAAACCGGCGUCACAUUCAACUCUGUCAUGGACGACUUCUCCACACCUGGUAUGAUAAAUUACUUUGGUCUACCUGGAAGUCCCAACAACGCUAUUGCCCCCGGCAAACGGCCCUUAUCUUCAAUGUCCCCAUCGAUUAUGAUCGACCAGGCAGGGGAUGUGCUGCUGGUAAUAGGCGCAUCUGGCGGUACCCAGAUCACUACUGGUGCAGCCCAGGUCAUCUCGCGCCUGUUAUGGUUCGAUCAAAAUAUCAAGGAAGCCGUUGAUGCCCCGCGCAUCCACCAUCAAUUGUUCCCGAUGAGUGUCGGCUAUGAGUACGGUACUCUGCAGCAAAUUGUUGAUGGAUUACAGCGUCUUGGGCACAAUACAACACGACUGACGGCUUAUUCGGUUGUGUGUGCCCUGAUGAAGAAGGGUGAGAAUUUAUUUGCCAAUGCUGACCAUCGCAAGGGAGGCGAUGUGUAUGGUAUCAAUUAAAUCACCAAUGCGAAUGAUGUAAAAUUGAAAUCUCUUGGUUUGCGAGCGACCGUUUGUGAUAUUUUACUCAAUACCAGUUGGCGAAUUUUACACAAUGUCUAUCUACUAAAAGUAACCGUAAAACAACGCAAGCGUGAUAUUACAAGAAAUUGCUAAGUAAUUAAUUGUACAUAAAGUAACAUAAACUGUUUCCAUUUGUGCACGAACUAGCUAUAUUGAAAUAAAAGUGUUUUCUUUGAAAUUAAA